AAUUAGUUUCAUAUUUACAGGCAUUAAAAACAUUUUUCUUAAAUUAAAAAUCUAUAAUCAAAAUACAAAAUGUUUUCAAUGUUUAGUUUGCUAUCAAUUUUGAUGAUUAUUACUGUAUUUAAUGGCUGCUUAUGUAAAGAUACAGAAAAAGCAGCUGCAGCUACUGUUACCAUUAAAUGCGAAUCAAAUCCAUGGCCUAAACUACCGGUUCUCAGAGAUUCAGAGUUGAAAGAAAAAACCAAAUUAAUGUCACUGAAAAAAUUGACGAAAAAAAAUCAGGAAAACAUUAAAAAACUGGUCAAAUGGUUUCAGGAUUAUAGUCAACAAUUGAUUCAACAGGAUCAAUUAGAUUAUCUAGGUAGUGUUUAUGAAAAAUUAUCCCAGGACCUGAAUAAACAUGAACUAGGUGCAUUGGCUACAAUUGGUAAACUAGGUGAUGAUGAUACGAAAAUUAUGCACCUAGCUCAAAAUAAUGAAUUUCAUACUGGUUGGUUAAAAUAUUUGGACAAUUAUAUGAGGGAUAAUUGUACAGUUGAAUCGUUCAAUGUUACCAGUGACCUGGGUGAAUUGAAAGAAAAAUUAUCGGAAAUUAGACAGAAAUUGUUUGAAACGUUGCAAAAGUUUAUCGAUGGCCAGGAAUUGGAUAAGGAUAGACAGUUUUGGACAGAUAUAGAUAAAACGGUUUUAAAAUAUUUAAAAUCCCAUUCGGAUGUCGACAAAAAUAUCGAUGAAUUAAAGGACGAUUCGGUUAAAGUGAAAACAUUGCAGACAUUGCUUAUCGAUAAUGAAGUACUAUUACGAGGUUAUAAUGGUUUCAAUCAAUAAGCAAAUUGUUUAUAUAAUUUUAAAUUUUGCUUAACAAUUGCUGAACAAUAAUAAAAUUAAAAAAUAAAUAAAUGUAUUUCUUAUAAUAACAAUAACAAUAAUAAUUUAAUUAAUUUUUUCC